CGGGAGGCGCCGGAGGCGGCGGGACCGAGCGGGCGAGGGCGAGGCGUCCGCAGGGCGGGAGCGCGGGCGGGACAGCGACCCGGAGAGCCCGGACUCGACGGCGGCCGGGCGCAGCGCCCGUGGGAGCCCCCAGCCGCCCAUGAAGCCUCCGGCCGCGCAGAGCAGCCCGGCGGCCGCCGCGGCCGCAGCCCCGGCCCUGGACUCGGCGGCGCCCGGGGACCUGACGGACGCGCUGUGCGAAUUCGACGCGGUGCUGGCCGACUUCGCGUCACCCUUCCACGAGCGCCACUUCCACUACGAGGAGCACCUGGAGCGCAUGAAGCGGCGGAGCAGCGCCAGCGUCAGCGACAGCAGCGGCUUCAGCGACUCGGAGAGUGCAGAAUCACUUUAUAGGAAUAGCUUCAGCUUCAGUGAUGAAAAACUGAAUUCUCCAUCAGACUCCACUCCAGCUCUGCUCUCUCCCACAAUCACUCCUCGGAAAGCCAAACUAGGAGACACAAAAGAGCUAGAAGACUUUAUUGCUGAUCUUGACAGAACAUUAGCAAGUAUGUGAAACAAGGAGAAGCUCUGGGUCCUUUCAUCAUAAGGGAAAAGCUUCAGAAAACUCUAAGCACCCAGUAAAAUCGGCUGUAGAAUUUGCUGCUGGAGGGGACAGACAUGAGAGCUCACCUACCACCAGGCCAUUCUCAGGCUUAUCCUAAAACCAGCCUUUAGACUUAGCUCUGGGCAGUUUAGACAGUGAAACUGACUUUUUUACCUGCUUGCAGCAUAUUAGAACAACCCAUACUAAUAUUGUAUUUUCUCUUAAAACAUAGCUUUCCUGUAAUUUAAAGUGCUUUAAUGAAAUAUUUGUAAUUAAUUAUGUAUAGUUGGAAACAGUAAUAUGCUUUUCCCAGUAUAAUAUAUUUUUGUAUGCAAAUAAAAUUUGAACUGGAGUCUA